CUGACCGGAUUUAUCUGUUUCCAUAUGACCGGGCUUACUUUCACAGCGGGGUUCACACUGGAAUACUGGACCUUGACAGAGAGAGAGAGAGACAAAGAAGAGAGAGAGAGAGUGUGUGUGUGUGUGUGUGUGUGAGAGAGAGAGAGAGAGAGAAAGAGUUAUCAGCGGCAGAAGGAGAGGGGAGCGCAGACACUGGGGAGGUAUUUUUAAAUAUCAUUCCUAUGGUUCUCGGAUCAUAAUCACUUGAGGACUUUAUAACCAUGCACCUACUGGGAAUAUCCCUCCUACUGGCUUAUCUGCUCUACACCAACCUCGCCAGCGACUUCAGCCACAGCAGUUAUGAUGAUUACUACGAGCAGGAGCAGAUGGACGAGCCGGAUUCUCCACCAAAGCCAGACAUGGAGCAGAAGCUGCGUUCAGCCUCCAGCGUAGACGAACUGAUGAGUCUUAUCUAUCCCUCAUACUGGAGCGCUCUGAAGUGCAGGUCCAAACUCUCGGCCGCCGCUGCCUCCUCCGCCUCCAAGCUCUCGCAACGGCCGCAGCCUCGCCGUCUGAGGCCGCUGGCAGAUUCAGAGGAGCCAACAUUCGCUGCUGCCUACCUCAACUUGGACAUCUUGAAAAGUAUAGAGUCAGAGUGGAGGAAGACUCAGUGCAUGCCCAGGGAAGUGUGUAUCGACGUGGGCAGGGAGUUUGGAGCUCCCACCAACAUCUUCUAUAAACCACCCUGUGUGUCCGUCUACAGAUGUGGAGGAUGCUGCCACUCUGAGGACAAACAGUGCAGGAAUAUCUCCACUGGUUACCUCAGCAAAACUCUGUUUGAGAUCACGGUGCCGAUCACCCAGGGCACCAGACCAGUGACCAUCAGUGUGGCCAAUCACACGCAGUGCAGCUGUCUGUCCAAACUGGACGUCUACAAGCAAGUCCACAGCAUCAUCAGGAGAGCCCUGCCCGAGUGUCCGAUAGCCAACAGGACAUGUCCUCCUGGUCAGGCUUGGAGCAGCAGACUAUGCUGGUGUGUCAGCAUGGCCGCCAUCAUGCACCACAACACUCCUCCGUCCCCGCUGCCCCCUCCACGCCCCUCCCAACAGCACCUUGACAUAUUUUCAUCAGAUGUGUGUGGCCCGGGUAAGGAACUGGAUGUGGAAACCUGUCAGUGUGUGUGUCGUCGCGGGGAUCAAACUCAAGACUGUGGCCCGAACCGACAUUUGGACCGUAAUACCUGCCAGUGUGUUUGCAACAUCCCGCCUGCUCCCUCCUGCCCACUGAACCACGUCUUCAGCAAAGACACCUGUCAGUGCACGUGUAUCAAGACAUGUCCGAGGCAUCAGCCCCUCAAUAAAACAAAGUGUUCCUGUGAAUGUAAUGAGUCGCCCAAUAAGUGUUUCCUGAAAGGUCGGAGGUUCCAUCAAGCUACAUGCAGUUGUCUCAGGCCUCCCUGUGAGGUCAGGAGGCGAAGGUGUGAACCAGGUUUCUCCUUUAGUGAGGAAGUGUGUCGCUGCGUACCCUCGCACUGGAGACGGGUGGACUAACUGCUGGCUAAUGAGAUGCUAACAUGAUGCUAACGAGCAUAUAACAAACUUAUUAAGUAGAAUUCAUCACCCAUCCCCUGUAGACUUGCGGGUCACGAGUAUCCCAAUCAGCUCUGAUGGCAGCUAAGUGUGCGGACCCUGAUGAACGCGGGAACCUUAGUGAUUUGAGUGCAGGUAUGGGAAACUCUGGUGAUUUGAAGGCGGGAAAUGCACUGACUUGGCUUUGAGGACAUUUUAAUAAGAGCACGACUGAUUAGAGCCCAGGAAUGAAGGAAGGACUGAAAGAGAGUCAACACUCGACACUUGUUUUAUAAUAUUGUCUAAAUAAUUUGUCUUAAAAUAUUUGGGGGGUUUUGUAUUAAUUAUGUCUCCGUAUUCUUUAUAUUAAUUAUAUAAUUUAUUAAAUGUUAUUUUUCAACCUCUGUUUAUUGCAAUUUCAAUCUUUUCCAAGAAAAUACACUGUGAUCAGUAUUUUUGUAUCAUGUAAAGUAUAUGUGUAAAAUAAAGUAUACUGGAUGCUGAAUAUUGUUAACUUAGUUUGUCAUCCACUCUGUUUUGGUGUCUGUUGCCCUGAGGUUUUUCUGCUGUUAAUCCACUUCAGCAUCAGAAAUAAACACUCUAAAUUCUAAAUUCUGGGUAAAUUCUUAAGGUAAAAAGGUAAAAAAGUUAUUUUGCUCAUAGUGUGAGGUCUAGAUUUUUUACUUUUAGAAAGUCCCUUGGUCUCCCUCUAUUGACUUCAAUUUAUUUCAUAUUUGUGAAACUGAGAGUUAAACCCAGACAAGUUGAAUGUUUAUACCUGUGAGUUACAGUGGAAUAUACCGUGUAGAACACUUUGAUUAAGGAAGGCAACUGUGAUAUGAGCUGAGGAUUUAACUCUCUCUGUGUUUGUGUUUCUCAGGCCUGUCUGAUGUUUAAAGGAGGUAUUUGUAACUUUUGCUAAUGCUACAUAGUUAGCUGUAGCAUUAACAGCUGCCUGCCAAGAGCUUCGGCCAUCGUUGUA